AUGCGACAAGCAAUGGGAACUGCGGAAAAGCGGUCCUCGAAGAACUGGAGAAAGCAUAGACGACUGGAAAACGCCACAAUUGGUUGUGAUAGUGUCCGCCUCGAUACUGAGAUGAGACUUAGGUGA